AUAUUUUUAUACAGUAAUCUUAUUAUUGUUGAAUGAAUACGAGUACCUGAGGGGUUGAGAGCAACUGGGUUCAGAUUAUUAAAAAAUGGCAUCUUCGUCUUCACUGCAUCUCAAAUCCCUACUCCACACAAAGCCUACAUACCUAAACCUAAAACACCAGGGUUCUAUGACUGGAGAAUUUCCAGUGGCUAUUGCUUGUAACCCUACAGUGAAUGGGAAGGAAUAUCGUGCAUUGAGUGCCAAGAAAUUUGAACUAAACUGCUUGCGAGACAGAGAAAUGGAUGUUAGUGUGCCGGCUCUUGUUGGUGGUGUUGCUGAAUGCAUAGAUGAUACAGAGGAUAAGGCGCUAACCGAGCAAGGGGAGCCAAAAGAUCCAAGCUUUUCAACAGUGCUGAUGAAUUUUACUAACGAUUUUGACCCUUAUGAUGCCUUGAGCACUCCUUUGUAUCAAACAGCUACUUUUAAGCAACCUUCAGCAACGGAAUAUGGCCCUUAUGAUUAUACAAGGAGUGGAAAUCCAACGAGGGAUGCAUUAGAAAAGCUUCUCGCAAAGCUUGAGAAAGCAGAUAGAGCAUUUUGCUUCACCAGUGGGAUGGCUGCCUUGGCGGCUGUAACUCGCCUCGUUGGAACCGGUGAGGAGAUUGUUGCUGGGGAUGACAUAUAUGGUGGUUCAGAUCGGCUAUUGUCACAAGUAGUACCAAAAAGUGGAAUUGUUGUCAAGCGAGUUGACACAACUAAUCUAGAUGAGGUUGCAUCAGCAAUUGGAGCAAAGACAAAGCUUGUGUGGCUAGAAAGUCCUACAAACCCUCGUCAACAAAUUUGUGAUAUCCGUAAAAUUGCUGAGAUGGCUCAUGCUCAUGGUGCUCUCGUGCUGGUGGAUAACAGCAUUAUGUCCCCUGUAUUGUGUUGCCCCUUGGAGCUUGGAGCAGAUAUUGUGAUGACUUCAGCUACUAAAUUCAUAUCUGGUCACAGUGAUCUUAUGGCUGGUAUCCUUGCUGUUAAAGGAGAAAGAUUGGGAAGGGAGUUGUAUUUCCUACAAAAUGCAGAAGGUGCGGGAUUAGCCCCAUUUGACUGUUGGCUUUGCUUAAGAGGAAUCAAAACUAUGGCUCUGCGUGUUGAGAAGCAACAGGAAAAUGCACAAAAGAUUGCUGAAUAUCUCACCUCCCAUCCAAGAGUGAAGAAGGUUAAUUAUGCUGGUCUUCCAGGUCAUCCUGGACGGUCAUUGCACUAUUCUCAGGCAAAGGGUGCAGGAUCAGUGCUUAGUUUUUGGACAGGAUCUUUGGCACUUUCUAAGCAUGUAGUUGAGACCACAAAGUACUUCAGUGUUACUGUCAGUUUUGGAAGCGUGAAAUCCUUAAUAAGCUUGCCGUGCUUUAUGUCCCAUGCAAGCAUACCUGCUGCAGUGCGAGAGGCGAGAGGGCUUACUGAGGAUCUCGUUCGUAUUUCUGUUGGAAUUGAAGAUGUUAAUGAUCUGAUUGCAGAUUUAGACUAUGCACUUAGAACUGGCCCAGUUGAGUGAGUGUUCAGGAUGAUCAAGCAGUAGAAGAAAUGCUUCACUCAUUUUAGUCUCCAUUGUUAUCCAUUUGAACAUGUCCUUAAAAGCAAGAAUCUUAAACAUCAUUCAACUAUUAAUUUUAAUAGAAUCCCAACUUUCUACAAUUC